UAUCUCCUCAUUUACAUCGACGUUCCUUUAUCCAAUGUACAUCUGCCACGUCACCGAAACCGCCACCGUGGCGCUCAUUCAGCAAACACUAUAUAACUGAGCCGCCCUUUUCCAUCACUCCCUCCGUCUCAGCUCUCCCACCCUCACAUGCAAAACUGUUUGCACAAUUGGGGAAAAAUUAAUUCACUCCUCCUUUACAGAAGCAGAGGAGUUUUUAGCAAUGGUGUCUAAGGUUUGGUGUGUCCUUCUUCUGGUUUCGGUGGCGGUGCUAUGUCCGGCGGCGGCGGCGGCGGACGAGGAGGUUGAAAAGGUGUUGACUUUAGACAGCUCGAAUUUCUCCGACGUAGUGUCCAAGCACGAUUUCAUCGUCGUUGAGUUCUACGCUCCUUGGUGCGGGCACUGUAAGUCUCUGGCUCCAGAGUAUGAAAAAGCUGCAUCCAUAUUAAGCAGCCAUGAACCCCCCAUUGUCCUGGCUAAAGUUGAUGCAAAUGAAGAAGCAAAUAAGGAGCUGGCUACCGAGUAUAAAAUCCAGGGUUUUCCUACCAUUAAAAUCUUAAGAAAUGGUGGCAAAAGUGUCCAAGAUUACAAUGGUCCUCGUCAGGCUGAUGGCAUUGUCGAUUACUUAAAGAAGCAAGCUGGUCCUGCAUCAGCUGAAAUUAAGUCAGCAGAAGAUGCCAGCAGUCUUAUUGAUGAGAAAAAGAUUUUUCUUGUUGGAGUGUUUCCCAAGUUCUCUGGGGAGGAAUUUGAGAGCUUCAUGGCUUUAGCUGAUAAGUUGCGCGCUGACUAUGACUUUGGCCAUACCCUUGAUGCUAAACUCCUUCCUCGUGGUGAAUCAGUCAGCAAGCCCACUCUUCGCUUACUUAAGCCUUUUGAUGAACUGUUUGUGGAUUCCCAGGACUUUAAUGUCGAGGCAAUGGAGAAAUUUAUUGAAGCAUCUACUGUUCCAACUGUUACCGUUUGGAACAAUGACCCUGAUAACCAUCCAUAUAUUAACAAAUUCUUUGAGGGUCCUGGCUCUAAGGCCAUGCUAUUUGUAGAUUUCAGCAAAGAGCAGGAUGCUUUCGAGGCAAAGUAUAAGAAUGUGGCAACCCUUUACAAGGGGAAGGGCAUCAGUUUCAUGUUUGGCGAUGUUGAUUCUACUCAAAAUGCAUUCCAGUACUUUGGACUUAAGGCAGAACAGGCACCUGUGCUCAUUGUACAGCAAACUGAUGGACAGAAGUAUCUUAAAGCAAACGUAGAGCCUGACCAGAUUGAGUCGUGGGUGAAAGAUUAUCUGGAAGGACUAGUGAAGCCAUACAUAAGAUCAGAACCUAUUCCUGAAGUGAACGAUGAACCAGUCAAGGUGGUUGUUCGUCACAGCAUUCAGGACGUUGUUUUCAACUCUGGAAAGAAUGUUCUACUAGAGUUUUAUGCGCCUUGGUGUGGACACUGCAAGAGUCUUGCUCCAAUCUUGGAUGAAGUUGCCGUCUCCUUCGAGAAAGAUCCUGAUGUUCUGAUUGCAAAAUUUGAUGCAACUGCGAACGAUGUUCCAAGCGACACAUUCGAAGUUCAAGGGUUCCCGACACUCUACUUCAGAUCUGCAAGUGGCAACUUGUCACAGUAUGAUGGGGAUAGAACGAAGGAGGACAUCAUCAAUUUCAUCAACAACAACCGGGAUAAGUCUGCCCCGUCAUCCUCAGUCGAAACUGAAUCCGUAGACGUAGAUUCUGCUAAGGACGAGCUUUAAAGAGGCUAGUGUCUAACGAGGGAACUUCUGAAGCGGAUUUUAUUUAUAUACCAGUUCCUGCCUUUUUCUACUUUUUAGGUCAAAUAAAAUCUGGUUUUGUUCCAGUUCUGUAGUAGGAUUAUAUUUAUAGUAGCAGAAGAUCCGAUGCAUGUAGCAGAUCGUUAUCAACAUUUGAAUUUUGAGGCUCACUUUUAAUCAAUCUCCAUACUUGUUUAUCCUCCA